AUUUAAAUCGUCCACAGUAAAAGAAUGCAUCCAUGCAAUACUGAAGGAGAAGCUGGCCAAUGUACAGUACAUCCCAGAAGAAAUGCCUCAGCUUACAAAGUCUUUAUCAGAGACAAUAAAAGACAGACUGAAAGAGGAGGGAUUUGACAGGUACAAAAUGGUGGUGCAGGUUGUGAUUGGAGAGCAGAGGGGAGAAGGAGUGAACAUGGCUGCGCGAUGUUUCUGGGAUGCUGACACUGACAGCUAUGCUCACGAUGUGUUCAUGAAUGACAGCCUGUUUUGUGUGGUAGCUGCAUUUGGCUGCUUCUACUAUUGAAGAUGGCAAACAUUGCACAGAAGGACAGAGGUGGGGGAGAAUGCUUUUUAGGGUAUUUUUUUUGUUAACGUGCACAAAAGCAUCAUGUUCUUCCUUUAGUACCUAAUGAAGUAACAGCUCUACAAAGCAUGGCCUACACCUCUUCCACACACUACAUCAUUCCUUCUUCCUUAUGGAUAUUGAUGUAGCUUUAAGCACAAUAGUAUUAUGUCCUUUAUUUAAAACACCCUUCAUUUUUAUAUAGUGUGUUGGUUUUGUCCUAAAAAAGUGUAUUGCCAAUAGCCAUU